AUGCGCCCUAAGCCUGCGUCGUCGCUGCAGAAGACAUAUGACGACUGUUAUUUGAUGUGCUCGACGGCUGUCUACUUUGAGGGCCAAAACAAUGAAGACGAAGCCUUAAGGUCUUGGCGAUCGGCCCUGGAAACCAUCUACUAUCACAACGCGUAUCGACUCCCCGCAAGCUACACCCCGAGCACCGAAACCGAGCGGGCGCUACAAGAAUCCAUUCGACAGCUUGAGCUUCAAUGUCGCGAACGAGUCGACCUCCUCGACGCACUUCGCGAGAGCCGAAAAGACAAAGAUACUUCCAGCUCAAAGAAGUUGAAGUCCCCGCCUCCAGUUCGAAAUAACGUCAACGCUACCCCAGGCUGGAUUGGGGAUGGGACCGUUCCCGCAGUUGGAUACACCGACCUCUCUAAACCACCCGCGAUACCUCAACGGCCACUUCCUGGCACUACCGCUGCCACUAUCCCUGACCAUACUCCCCCAGUUCGCCCGCCAGCAGUGAGGACGGAAUCGCAAAGCUCUAUGAAAUCCAAGUCUGGCUCUCGCACACCCAGUCCCGAGCGGAGGAAGAUGCCUUCUAUGCCGUCCACGUUACGCGACCCGACUCUCAAGAAAAAGAAGAAAGAUAGCUCUUCACACCGCAAGGAUCUACGUCCGGUUGCUGCGUCUCAGGCGGCGGGUCUUGCUUGGGGUUCUAUUACGCGCGUGCCGUCCUCGGGAAACACGGCGAGUGAUGCUGCGUUGGCGUCCUCACGCCAGAGCGUUACCAAUGACUUGAAUCUGAGGAAGGAGACCAAUUCUCCUUCUGAUAGAUGGACCAAUGAUGCGGCAUUGGGCUCCUCUCGUCCUAACCUUUUGAAUUCUCGGAAGGACUCUGACCUAACUCGGGCUGCGCUUUCUCGCAUAUAUUCUGCAGAUGAGCAGACCACGAGAAGGUCGCCUGCGAAAGUGACCUCGUCAACUCCGGGGACCCCGCCAUUGAAGCACAAGCAACUUAGCAGCAAUGUGGAACGCCGGCCACACUCCGACGGCCGCUCUCGACAGUCCCCUUCAAAACUUGAAUCAAGUGAACCACCCCGUUCAAGUAGCUCUCCGAAGCCCGCCGUUAAACCUAAGCCGAUGGCACUGAAAGCGCCGCAACCCACAUCAGCCCCUAUGUAUUCGGGUUCUGGUGGCGAACCCUCACAGCCACGGGCAUCGGGUCAGGAUCGUGAUGUGGUACAUGAUAUGGGUAAUAUGGGAAUAUCAAGAAGCCCCGUGCGACGGAAACAGAGACCCGAAGCCAAACGCCCUAUGACACCACCUUCGAGCGAUCCAGAUUCGAUAGGGCGGAAGUCAUAUGAAGACGUGGAUGAGGAAGACAUGGCAGAGGGAGAUGAGGAUUCAGAGGAUGACUCGAUUAUGAAUGUUAUGAAGAAACUACCAAAAGGCGUUGAUGUUAAUGCAGCACGCCAGGUUCUGAACGAUAUUGUCGUUCGUGGAGAUGAAGUUCAUUGGGAUGAUAUUGCGGGGCUAGAAGGUGCGAAGAAGGCCUUGAAAGAAGCUGUCGUAUAUCCAUUCCUUAGACCAGACCUCUUCUCAGGCCUCCGCGAGCCAGCUCGAGGUAUGUUACUUUUUGGGCCACCAGGAACCGGAAAGACUAUGCUUGCACGAGCGGUUGCGACGGAAUCCAAAUCGACCUUCUUCUCUGUAUCUGCGUCCACGCUCACCUCUAAAUGGCAUGGCGAGAGCGAGAAGCUCGUACGAGCUCUCUUCGGCUUAGCCAAGUCACUCGCACCCUCCAUCAUCUUCGUCGAUGAGAUUGACUCGCUUCUUUCGGCGCGUUCAUCAGGGACGGAAAAUGAAGCUUCACGCCGCUCAAAGACAGAAUUCCUCAUUCAAUGGUCCGAUCUACAGCGCGCUGCAGCUGGACGUGAGCAACCAAAGUCAGGCGACGCCAGCCGAGUUCUUGUAUUAGCGGCCACGAAUAUGCCUUGGGAUAUUGAUGAAGCUGCGCGACGCCGUUUCGUCCGUCGCCAAUAUAUCCCUCUCCCUGAACACUAUGUCCGAGGUCAACAAUUGCGAACGUUAUUGGGUCAUCAAGUCCAUGAUCUCGAUGAUGAGGACAUUGAAGUUCUUGUUCACGUUACAGAAGGUUUCUCAGGCUCCGAUAUAACCGCACUCGCCAAAGACGCUGCCAUGGGACCCCUCCGCAACCUCGGCGAAGCUCUCCUCCACACACCCAUGGAGCAAAUCCGGCCGAUCCGCUUCUCGGACUUCGAAGCAAGCCUAAACUCCAUAAGACCCAGCGUGAGCAAGGAGGGUCUCCGCGCGUAUGAAGACUGGGCGAGACAGUUCGGUGAGCGUGGCGGUUAA